AUGACUAUUAAUAUAAUAUCUUUUUUUUUGUCGAUAUUGAGUUCAUCAAGAAAUUUAGUAAAACUUAAAAAGAAAGUAACAACGCAACAACCAAAACAACAACAACAACCAAUACAACAACAACCAUCAAUAAAAUGUGUAGUAUGUUCUAAUGCACCAACAGAAGUUAAUACAUUCGAUGUAUGUGUUAACUGUGAGAGUCAUUAUCACUCGAAAACAUGUUGUAGAGUGCAUGACCAUCAAAGAUUAUGUAUAAAUUGUUUUGUAAAUGUAUCUAAAGGUUCAAAUAGAUCACUUAGCUAUCAAAUUAAACAAAUUGCAAAAGGUGAGAUAAAGUUAGAUAAAGAAAGAGUAACUAGAGGAAAGGUUAUACAGGGAUUGUCAGAUGAUGAAUCAGACCCAAAGAAUGGAUCGAAAGACCAAGACUAUGUUCCUCCAAAGCUAUCAAGUAGUCACUUUGAUAGCUAUCAAGAUGCAUCUGAUUUUACAUUUGCAAUGUCAAACAAAAUAACAUUGACAUUUCCAAAUCAACAAAUACCAGUUGGUUUGAAUGGAAGUGCAGGUGUUGCGGCAGCAGCAGAUCAAUAUGCCUAUAUGAAUGGUGGUGGUGGUGCAGUUGAUGAUGCAUUCAUCGAUAAGAUCUAUAGGAAUCUCGGCGAGGAGAACAGUAUAUUGUUUAAGCACGCGCGUUAUCAAAACUUUAAGAUCGGUCACGGUGUAUCGUUUAAACUAAGAAAACAAGUGCAUUCGACCAGUCACAAUCUAUCGCCUGACCUCUUAGUUCCACCCAUAGCAUCAUUAUCAUACGAGCAUUGUCUAACGUUAAAUGCUGCCAUUCGUGCAUUGUGUCAUCAACUUAUAUCUUAUAAGUCUAACAACAAUAAUAACAAUACUAAUAAUAGUAAUGAUAAUCAUAAAGAUAGUAAUAAUAACACACAACAAUAUCAAGACUAUCAAGAUGAUGAUUCUCAAAUGGAUAUCGAUACUGCACCUGAUUUCCAACCUACCAACACCACUACUACAACUGCUAAUGGUGAGAACAACGAUAAUAAUAAUAAUAAUAAUAAUAAUAAUAAUAAUAAUAAUAAUAAUAACAACAGUAGUAAUAAUAAUAGUUCGACGACGACAACAACAACAACAACAAAAACUAAUUUAAACAGUAGAAUACCACCGAAUAAAGGUAAUACAGGUGGAGGUAUACCAAACUUUAUUGAGUUGGAGCAAUGGUAUCUGGAAAACUAUCAUCUUCCAUUGAUACAAAAUAGAAUCAAUGAAUUCAUAAGAAACAAUCCAAUCGAUGAAAAUGACCAAGAUAACACUGACUAUUAUCAAAAGUUAAAUACUCUAUCAAUGCCAAGAGUAUCACCGAUUAUCAUCAUCGAGAAUUUUGAAUCUUGGGACAGUCAAAUCAUACAAGAUCUUUUAUAUUUAUUAAGUACAUAUAGACAAAGUAUACCAUUUGUAGUUAUUUUCUCAAUCUCAACAACAGAAGAUACUAUAUAUAAUACAUUAUCCUAUGAAACAAUAUCGAUGUUAAAUAUUAAAUCAUUCUCACUAUCUCCUCAGACUCAGCUGUUUGAGAGAUUCGUUUACGAUAUCUUUGUAAAGGAUCAGCUGAUAUCAUUUGGCCCACAAGUCUACAAGUUCAUCUAUGAAAGCUUUAAGAGCAAUCAUCUCUCUGUUAUCUACACAACAAGACAGCUGCUCUAUUCAAUUCACGAACAUUUCUACUAUAAUACCUUUAGUUUCCUUUGUUACGACGAUGUAAUCAACCUGAAAAAGCAAAAGACUACCAAUGCUCAGAUUGGAUUCAAAGCAUCCGCUAGAAGUGGUACCUAUCGUUACAAGUAUGGUGAUGAUGAAGAUGAUGAAGCUGAAUCAUAUCACUUUGAUUACAACACCAAGAAAAACAACAAUAAUAAUAAUAAUAAUAAUAAUAAUAAGAGUAGUAAUAGUAGUAACCAAAGACGUAGUAAAAAUAGAGAUGAAAGUGAAGAGGAUGAGUUGGAUGAGCAAAAGCAAAUCGAUGAUGACAACAACGAUAACAACACCGAGAAGGAAGAAGAAGAAGAAAAAGUGGAAGUAGAAGAUGAAGAGGAGGAUGAAGACGAUGCAGAUAAUAAUGAUAUCGUAUUUAGGUUGACCAAUUGUCGUUCAGAGUAUACCGGCUCUGAUAGUACUGACAACCAGACAUCUUAUACCGACGAUAACUCUGACUCUGACACUCUAGAAUACCAAAGACUGAUGACUUACAACAGUAACUAUUACAAUCAAAACAAUCAGCAAUAUCGUAGCAUUGUUCCACUGUCUCAGCUGAGUAACACCACUCAACAACAACAGCAGCAGCAACUCUACCGUCAAUCUGCACUUCCACUGAAGGAUCUCAGUAAGGAUCACAUCACUCGAAUUCUGCAGACAAAGUCGGUGGUCGAUGACAUGAAGACAUGGGAUCCUGCACUUAAAAAGAAGUGUUUGAACCGACCGAAUAGCAUCCGCUAUGUCAUUCCAGUGUGGAUCGAGAAUCUCUUUGCAAUUCGAUAUAUUAAACAACAUUGUAUCGAGUGUUACUAUAUCAUACUGCAACUGAUGUAUCCAAAUAUUCUCUACAGUGAUAUACUCUAUCAUUUCGCAAACAAAGAUUACAAUACUCUUACACAACUAAAAAGAUUCUUAAAUAAAGAGAAACCAGAUAAUUUAAUUAUGAUUGUUUCAAAGUGGAUUGGUAUAUUGACAAAGUUAAUCGAUCACACAUACUAUCCAGAGAGAUAUCAGAUGUUUGCAACUACUAUACUUGGUAAAGAACCAAACUUUAAUAACUUUGUUAGAACUCAACGUGCAGUCUCUAAAUACAUCGAAGAUUGUAAAUUGGUUAUACAAUAUCUAAAGGAAUCGAUGAAUGAAGCAAUGAGUAGCAAAACAGCAACCACUAAAGAAGAUCAUAACGACACCACCGAUCAAUCUAAAACAUCUACAAAUCAAAAGAAGAGAGUUGAUAGAUCAAAACGUUCUAACCAAAAAAAGAAAGAAGCAACUCACCAUGAAAUGGCAUUAAUGAAAUUGAAUGAAUUAUUGAAUAUUUUCAUUUACGAUUAUAUUGAUAGAGAUUUAAGUUCGUUGCCGAUGAGUGAGAUAUAUCAUAGUGAUCGUAUUGAUAAGCUGAGCAAAGUAUUCAAUGUAAAUCAUACACAAGACAUCAAAAAGCAGAUAAUGAACUCCUCAGAGAUAUUAGGUUGCACCAAACCAAGAUGUUGUGGAAACAAUGAUCCAAAGAAAGCUGGUACCACACCUAAAAAUACACCAAAGACAGAGGAUAUCACGAUUAUGUAUUCACUCUACACAGAGUUUGGUAGAUUUAUCAAUCUUUAUGAUUGGCUAACUUCGUUCUGUAUGGUUUUCAACAACACCGGUGAACAUACUCCAGAACUACAGUAUUUAUCAAAACAAUAA